CGCAACUGGCGCAUUGACACACUUGCGCUGCCGAGAUGAAGAGCGACUUCUUGGGCGCCACGAUCGCGAUCGCCGCGGCCAUCGGCUCGAACCUCGGCGUCAACGUCCAGAAGCGGUCGCACAUGCAGGAGGACGAGCGUCCCAAGCACCUCCAGCGGCCGUACACGAAGCGCCCCGUGUGGUGGCUCGGCAUGUUCCUCGUUGUCUUUGGCUCGCUCGGCGACCUCUUUGCCCUUGGUUUUGCGCCGCAGACGCUCGUGGCCUCGCUUGGCGGCGGCUCGACGAUCGUCGCCAACGUCCUUAUCGCUCGCUUUUGGCUCAAGCAGCAGCUCUACUUCACCGACAUGAUUGGCGUCGCGCUCGUCUCGACGGGCGUCGUCGUGCUCGCCUUGUCGUCGUCCGAAGAGGGCAAGUACACGGUCAACGAGCUCUUUAUGCUCAUGCAAGCCCCGGGCUUUAUCGUGUAUGCGAUCUGCACGACGGUGUUUGUGGCGUCGCUCAUGCUGCGCGUGCGCCGGUCGACAUCGCCCGCCCUUCGCGUCGUCGACAUUACGGACGAAGUGCGCAAGAAGGAGCUCGCCGACCUCGAGAGCAGCGUGCGGUCGGCCGAAGAAGCGACGUCCACCAAGAACGACACGGCGAGCGAGGGUAGCACGAUCUCGCCGUUUCCGUCGCCCGUCCUGAGCGACGUCGAAGAGAAGGGCUUGCUCAAGGAGACCAAGAUUCUCACGUCGCAGAAGCACACGCUCGUCAUUGACAAGCACCUGCCUCUGUACUGGGCCGCGAUCUCGGGCACGAUUGGCGCGCAGUCGGUGCUGCUGGCCAAGUGUGUCAUGGAGCUCAUCUUUAUGAGUCUUGAAGGCGAGAACCAGUUUCGAUACAUUGGCACGUGGAUCCUCGUGGCUGGCAUGGUCGCGUCGCUCCUCACGCAGACGCAUGCGCUCAACAAGGCGACGAUGGCCGGCGACACGAUGAGCACGUUUCCCGUCUUCCAGGCGUUCUGGAUUGGCAUGAGCAACAUUAGCGGCAUUGUGUUUUUCCAGCAAGCGCACUCGUUCACGAUGGCGCAGUGGAUCAUGUUUCCGAGCGCGCUCCUCCUCGUCAUGGUGGGCAUUGUGCUCGUCGCCAAGCACGAGAAGAUGGGCAACCACGUCAAGUACUCGGUCGCGAUGCCGCUCCAGCUGAGCAGCCCGCGCCAGCACGACAUUGUCGCCCAGUCGUUUCUUUUCAAAGAGCUCACGCCGCAAACGACCGAAGACCGCCUCGACGUCGAGGGCUACGACAACAUUGAAAUCUCGGACCACGUUGAGGUGGUCGCGGCGUAAAGCACCGCGUUUCCUUUUUUAUUUAAUAGCAUGCGCCCGUGGUGUUAAAUCCAAUUCCUUUUGAAGUG